AUGACUCUCAGCUGCGGUAUCGAGGCGAAUUUGGACGAGAUGCAAGGCGGAAUAAUACCCCAGCAUACCUCGCCAGAUGAAGCGACCGGCCAAAGUACAGAUAAAGAGGAAGAUGACAAUAGGUCAGAGCCUUCAGCAGACGGAGCGGCAGAAACUUCGAACAAAAACAUAGAUGAACCUCCAAUUGGAGAAGCAAGCGGAGAAGGGAACGAGACAACGGACGAUGGAACGGACAAACCAGAAGACCGUGGAAGCGACUCGCACUCGGAUGACCCUCAUACAGGUCGGAAUUCUGCAAGAUCUGUUUCUGGCUUUUCUUCUCCAGUUCGUCGAAGAAGCUAUGGGAGUCCGAGGAGCUCACCUCCGCUAUCUCCAGCUGACAGCCACGUCACAAUAAGCCCAGAAGAGUAUCCCGACGACCUUCCUCCAUCCUUUCCCUGGCACCGACCAACAUCCAAAUCUAAGGAGGCCUGGGAGUGGCAGAAGACCAAUUGGAAGUUGUCGAAUAAAGCUUUGGAGGGCUUGAUGCGCAAGGUUGGCCUGGAAACAGCGAAAGCCAGACUUUUGGAAAUCAACACAUUUGUUGAGGUUGCAAAGAGACAGAAAGUCCGAUGGUCAGAAGAUAAUUUUAACACGACGUUUAUCGGGAACCCUGGAACUGGGAAGACCACAGUGGCUGAGAUAUACGCCAAGUUCUUAUUAGAGAUUAGGGUAAUCACGAACAGUGAUUUCGAAAAGACAACAGCAGCAGAACUGAUCUCCAACGGGCCCUUGGAAAUCGACAGAAUUGGGUCCCGGCUUGAGUGGGGUGGAGUUCUGCUGGUGGAAGGGGCACAAGAUCUUGUUUGGCACGGCUCGAACUCAUCAAACCAAAGUCUAAAACUCGAGUUGCUCUUCUCAACGAUGAAGCGUUUGAGAGGGACUGCUGUCAUUGUUUUUACCGGUUAUGGCAAGCGAAUGGAGGAUCUCCCAGCCCAGCAUGCCGCAUAUUCAACUACGAUCCCGAACACCAUUCGCUUCCCCGACUACGAGGAUUAUGAGCUGCAUCGAAUUUUAAUCCAGUGUCUGAAGUCCAGGUUCAAGAGGCACCCCCUGGAGAUCGAAGAUGGUAACUACGGCGUUUUUCUGCGCAUCGUCGCAAGACGAAUCGGCCGCGGAAGGGGCAAAGAUGGGUUUGGAAACGCUCGUGAGGUCCAGAACGCGGUCACGCGCAUACUCACAAGACAAGCUAAUCGUCUAUUCCUCGAAGAGAAGAGCGGCAAACUUACUGAUGACCAUUUUCUGACCCAAGAAGAUCUCCUUGGACCACCGCCAACCAGCAUUUUUGACAACAGCAAAGCUUGGAAGAAGUUAAAUGACAUGAUCGGUCUUCAGGCAGUCAAAGACACAAUAAAGGCUCUCAUUUACCGUCUCCAAAUCAAUUAUGAAAGAGACCUUGCCGAGAAACCGCUAGUGGAGUGUUCUUUAAACAAAUUGUUCAUUGGAAAUCCGGGAACAGGGAAAACAACAGUUGCGAAGCUCUAUGGCCAGAUCUUGACGGAGAUAGGGCUGCUGAGCAAAGGAGACGUCAUUGUUAAAUCUCCAUCUGACUUCGUCGGGAGCGCCAUUGGUCACUCGGAGCAGAAUACGAAGUCGAUUCUUGACUCGGCCAAGGGCAAAGUUCUAAUCAUCGAUGAGGCAUAUGGUUUGGCAGGAAGCUCCACAGGUGGCAGACACCUCGAGUCGGCGGACUCUUUUAGAGGCGCGGUCAUCGACACUAUUGUCGCGGACGUUCAAAGCACCGGAACGGAGGAUCGUGCCGUACUUCUUUUGGGUUAUCGCGAGCGAAUGGAGUCGAUGUUGAAUGAGACCAACCCGGCCCUUGCGCGAAGAUUUCCACUUGCGUCUGCUUUUGUCUUUGAAAACUACACACAUGACCAGCUGGGGCAGAUCCUGGACCUGAAGCUCAAGGAGCAAGGAUUCAAGGCCAGUGGUAUCACCAAGAAGGUCAUGAUGGAAGCUCUCGACAGAACGCGAAGCCGUCCAGGCUUUGGGAAUGCGGGAGAAGUCGACAUUCUCUUGGAUCGCGUGAAGUUACGACAGCAACAACGUCUCUCGAACUCCUCAGGUGGAGGAAAUACGGACGCCUUCGAGCCAGUCGAUGUUGAUGAAGCCUAUGACAGAGCCGACCGUGACACUGGAAACAUCAGGCGCCUUUUCAGCAACUACUUCGGAUUUGAGUCUGUGAUAGAAAAGCUGGAAACUUACAAACAUGUCGUGAUGAAUAGUCGCGCGCUGAAUAGAGACCCCCGCGAGAAUAUACCGUUCACCUUUUUGUUCUGCGGUCCUCCAGGUACUGGAAAGACGAGCGCAGCCAAGGAAAUGGGUAAGGUUUUCUGCGACAUGGGGCUUCUUGCGACAAAAGAAAUUCUCGAACAUUCCGCCUCUGAUCUGAUCGGGGAAUAUGUUGGCCAUACUGGACCUAAGACCAAAAAGGUGUUCACUGCCGCACUUGGCCGUGUCCUGUUCAUCGACGAAGCCUACAUGCUAGGAGAAGGUUCCUUUGGUAGAGAAGCGAUGGUCGAGAUAGUCAAUACAUUGACCCUCGACCGAUUUCGAAACCAAUUGGUUACCAUUCUCGCCGGUUAUGAGCCAGAUAUAAACAAGCUGAUGGCCAUCAACCCUGGUCUUACCAGCCGAUUUCCAGUGGUCAUCCAUUUCAACCCUCUUUCAAUGUCUCAUUGCGUUGAUUUACUUCUACACACUCUUAAGUUGCGCGGUUUGGAUACUAGCUCGUUGGAAUUUUCGAAGAAAUACAGCAACUCACUGGAAGUUUCUUUCGAGAAGCUAACCCUGCUUCCUUCUUGGGGUAAUGCUCGCGAUGUUCAAACUCUCGCCAGUGCCAUUCACAUGAGCAUUCUGGGUGCUCGCACUGGUCAGCCUUCAUUGGUCGUUUCCGAAGAGAUUGUCAUGAAUCAGAUCACAACGAUGACAAGGGAGCGACGGACCCGCGCUCCUACGACAAGGAGUCCUCGACGGGAGAGGCUGUCGACUGGUCCGCCACUUCGUGAACACGCUCAAAUGAAUAUGAUGCCUCCACCCCCUAAACUACACACAACAAAGUCGACAAAUAUGAUCGAAAUCAAAUCUGCCUCCCAGAAAUCUUUGGACUCCAACCAGACUGCGCCGGAGAUUAACCCUGCAAUGAAUGGCGAAGAUACGGCAUCGGCGCCGGGGCCAAUGUCGAGCAACAAGAGGAUCAGCCAUGAUUUAGCGGCUCCAUAUGUGCCCGGAGAUGUUCUGAGGGACCCUGGUGUUUCUGAUGCAGUGUGGGAAGAGCUUCAAUUGGACAAAGCCGCAGCCAGACAGCGCCAAAAUCAGCUUGUCAUCUCACGUCAGAUGGUGGCUGAACUUGGUCGGCAGGCGUCGGAGGCGCAACGCAUGAUUGCGAAAGGGACCAUGACGGCUGAAUGGAGCCAGAAAUUGAAGACCAUUCAGAGCAAAUUAUGGGAGGCUACUGAUGAACUAGAACGUCUCGAAGAAGCCGCAGCUGAGGAAACAAGGAUCCAAAAACUUUUGAGGGGCAAGUGUACCGUUGGAUUUAAUUGGACUAGACAGGCAGGAGGCUGGCGGUGCGAAGGAGGAGGUCAUUUUAUCUCGUUUGAUCAGAUGCGAAACAGCUUCUCCGGUGAAUGA